UAAUAUAAGAGCGAGAAUAUAAUGUAUAGUUAGCAAAAAAAUGAAAUAAAAAUUAUUAACAGAAAAGCAAUGAUCUUUUUUGUUUCAAUGCUUGUUCUUGCUUUCUAUUCUAAUCUUUGCAUCUAUAAUCAAAAGAACGCAUUGAUGUUCAGCAAUUUUUCAUUUUUCACAAACCUUCACAAGACUAUCUUUAAUAUUUCUUAUUUUGUAAUAAAAGAACUUUAUAUACCUUAUGUAUAUCUAACGCGAAUUUCUUCGCGCAGUCUCGGUACCAAUUGCAAGAAUUGGAAGCAUAUUAUGUAUACACUUAGGUCGUCAAGACGACAGACAUUAAUUUUCUCGUUCUUUAGUACGUGUACUUGUCAAUCUAUCCUCGUCUUGAAUCAAAGAAAAUCUCGCUUCUACAUAAAAAAAAAUGUCUUUAUUUUCGACACCUAUUCUAUAUUUAAAUAUGGGCGGUGAAAUGUUGUACGUUUUACGACAGAGGCUGAAGGCGCAAAAGAUCGACGCCGACAAAACGAUACAAGUAUUGGAUGACGUAACUGCCGCUUUGCUCAAUCCUAAGAUACUGUCAUCGAUAUUCGCGGAAUCGCCUAUGAUCGGGGUGUCACACUUGCGCACCACCUUGGAGAGUGUCGUUCUUUCGUCCAUCAUGAAACUAGACAGGAGUAGUAUGGACAAACUGUUUGACUUGAUGAUCAUGAUGGUCAAGUAUCAAUUGACGGCAGCCACAGGACCCAGGGAGGUCAUACUCAUCAUCUUGAAUCACGUAGACGCGAUACGCGACAUGGUCAGCGACUUGAAUGCCCAAAAAUGCGUUACCCUGGUGCAGGAAAUGGUCCUUGAUUUCUACAGCUGCCUGACCUUCGAACAGAUCUGGAGUGCGCGGGAGUGUUGUCUGAAGGAAUUGGAAUCGUAUCACGUGCGAGUUUCAAUCCUUCUGCGACGUGGUUUGCAGAACGAGGAUGCCAGCUUCAAUAUCUCGCCUCAGGGAUACAAUGAGAAGUACACAGAGCACAGGAACACUCUGAGAAUGAUGAAGAUUAAGGAUGUGAGCCCUGAAACAUGCUGCGGUGGGUCCUUCGACACUUUCGGUGACAGAAAAACAUUGUUGGGCAAGAACAUAUAUUUGCCGACAUAUGGUGUAACGGGAACUGGAAGGCGAGAUAGUCAGCAGUUCUUCAAAGAUUGUGGUGCAAAAGCGGAAUUAGGUAUGCUGGCUGUUCAGCUGGGAACUGAGGAGACUAAUUACGAGAGACCGUUCACGCUUAAUCUAUUAUCGAACGUGGACGACGAGAAUGUAAAUAAUACGAAUAAGGAAAUCGAUGCUGAAGGGAACAAGGCUAAACCAGGUAGUAACGCGGGAAGUAACGAGAAGCCGAAACUAAAUGAGGAUUAUAAAACUAAACUAGAUAACGUAUACGCGGACUUUUUCGAGGACGAGCAACAGGAGACCUUGAAACGCAGCAUGGAUCUGCUUGAUCUCCUCGAUGAGAUUGAAUAAUUUUUAUAAUUUUGACUGACGAAAUCUGUCUCAAUCACCAUUAUUUUUCUUAUAUUUUUCCCACAUACUUAUACACUUUGCGAUAUUUUUGCUAACAACAAAUACCUUUCUAUACAAAGAGCGAUUUUUCUGUUUUUACGAAAAACUGCUUUUACCCAAGUCAUAUAAAAACGCUCGUACAUUACAGAGUAUUGUAAUGAUUUUAAAUGCUAUCGAAUGCAUUGAUAAAGUUCCGAGAGAGUAGAAAAAACAAAUUCUAUAUAUACAAAUAUAGAAAAAAAACUUUAAGAUUUCGUCAAGUCUAAAAUGUACUUUACACCUGUCCGACCGUCGAAACUGAGUGCCUUAACGAUGGCUUCUUGAUACUCGCAGAAGGGUAUCAAUUUAUGCGGUGGUACCUGCAAUCUCUUUUCAUUGAAGAGAGUUGCCAGAUCCUUGAACAUAUCCUCUCUCUCCUGGGAUUCCAUAUUUAAGUUCGUCCAAGCUGUCAUCCAAAAUCCUUUCAACGAUAUAUUCUGCAAAUAUUAUAUAUGGUACAAAUUAUAUUUUUUAUAUCUUUUGCAAUGUUCACGACUCUUUAAAUAGUUUUUAAUUACUUUAAAAAUAAGUGCAGCUAUCGGUACGGUCAAUGGCUCUCUAGACAUGCCUCCGUAAGUCACCAUAAUACCAUCUUGUGUGAGAUGUCUCAGCACUUCAUGUGCACUUUGUCCACCGAUACAGUUGAGAGCUAAUUUGGGUGAGGGUAACUUUUUACUUUUGAAUAGUUGCGUUUUUCGAACUUCAUCUUCGGUCAAAACUUCAUCCGCUCCUAAACUUAUCAACUGAUUCUGUAAAUGAAAUUUGUAACAUUGCAUGUGCACAUGAUAUUUAAUAUAUAUUAUAAAAAUAUAAUUAUAAUACUGUACCUUCAAUUCCUGUAUAUUUGGCCUGUCUCUAACAACAUUGACAGACUUGAAAUUCCAUACUUUGCACAAUUGAAUGACCAAUUGACCAACUGCAGAGUUACCACCGUUUUGUAUCACAGUAUCUCCAGGUUUCAGUGAAACGAAAUCUUUCAACAUUCUGUACGCAGUACAUGGAUUUACAUUCAUCAUACUAGCUGCAACUAGAUCAAUAUCAUUUGGCAUCUGUAAAAUUAGAGAAAAAAAGAAAUAAUAAACACAAAUGACAAA